CUUACUCAUUAAUUUAUUAGUAGCGUAAAUGCGAUUACAAGAACGGACACGCCCAAACUAAUAGACGCAAAAACCUGCGUAAUUACUCAGGUAUGACUUUUUUAUUUUAUUUAAAACAUUUAUUUUCUCAUCUUUCUCGUCUCUCUCUGUGUAAACGGAAAUGGAUUGGGUGAAAGAAGGAAGACGAAGGCGAGGCGAAGAUCCCGUUUUCUCUAUACUUCUAGCUUCAUUCCUUAUCAUAACAACGAGAAUCGCUUCCGCGGCAGUUUCUUCUUCUGAAUCUAGUUUCGUCUUCAAUGGCUUCGAGGGAGCCGAUCUCCGCCUCAACGGCGGUGGUGUGGUUGAACCUAAUGGCCUACUACGGCUCACUAACUUCACAAAAAAUGAGGUUGGCCACGCCUUUUAUCCAGCCCCUUUCGUCUUCCUUAACUCAUCCUCCGGCAGACCCCUCUCCUUCUCCACCUCCUUCGUCUUCGCCAUUUUUCCCCAGUACGAGGACAUCAGCUCCCAUGGCAUCGCCUUUGCCAUAACACCUUCCACCAACCUCACCGCCGUCCUCCCAAGCCAGCACCUUGGCCUCUUCAACUUCACCAAUAACGGCGAUCCCAGCAACCACAUCGUCGCCGUCGAGCUCGAUACCAUACAAAACAGGGAGUUUGAUGACAUCAACGACAAUCACGUCGGCAUCGAUGUCAAUGGCCUGACAUCUAACUCCUCCGCCCCUGCAUCCUUCUUUCUCGACUCCUCCGGUCUCCAAUACGAAAAUCUGAGCUUGAUUAGCGGCGAACCGAUGCGUGUUUGGGCAGAUUAUGAUGGCAAGAGCAUGGUGCUCAAUGUCACCUUAGCUCCUCUGCUUAAUCCAAAGCCAGAACGUCCUCUCUUGUCAUCAAAACUCAACCUUUCCUCCAUUGUUCUCGAUAACAUGUAUGUCGGAUUUGCGGCUUCGACCGGAGCAGCCGCCGGAUCUCAUUACAUCUUGGGAUGGAGCUUCAGCAUGAACGGAGAAGCAAACGAGCUCGACCUCUCUAAACUUCCAUCUCUUCCACCAAAAGAAACAGAGGACAAUACCACCGUGAAAAAACCCGAAAUUUGGAUCAUUCUGUUACCUAUAGUCAUCUUCAUCUUUCUCCUCAUCGCAUCGUUUGGGAUUGUGCAUCUGGUUAAAACCAAGAAGAAGUUCUCAGAAGUGGUGGAGGAUUGGGAAACAGAAUACGGCCCUCAUAGAUUCUCGUACAGAGAUCUUUACCGAGCCACCAAUGGCUUCAGCGACGAGAACGUCUUAGGCAACGGAGGCUUCGGUGGAGUCUACAAAGGCGAGCUACCAAAAUCCAAACUUGAGAUAGCGGUGAAGAGAAUCUCCCACGAUUCGAGGCAGGGGAUGAAGGAAUUCGUUGCAGAGAUUGCGAGCAUCGGUAGGCUUCGACACCGAAACCUAGUGCAGCUCCUGGGCUACUGCCGCCGGCGAGGAGAGCUCCUCCUCGUGUAUGACUACAUGCCGAACAGCAGCCUCGAGAAAUACAUCUUCGACCGACCUCAGCAAUCUCUUAACUGGAGCCAAAGGUUUAAAAUUAUCCGCGGCAUCGCCGCUGGUCUUCUCUACCUUCACGAGGAAUGGGAACAGGUUGUUAUUCACAGAGACAUCAAAGCAAGCAAUGUCCUCCUCGACGCCGAGUUCAACGGAAAGCUCGGAGAUUUCGGGCUCGCGCGGCUGCAUGAUCGCGGAAGCAAUUUGCAGACGACAAGGGUGGUCGGAACUUUAGGUUAUCUCGCGCCUGAGCUCUCCCGGACCGGAAAGUCGACAACUAGCUCCGACGUGUUCGGUUUCGGCGCGUUUCUACUUGAGGUUGCCUGCGGCAAGAGGCCGAUUGAGCUGAAAACAUCAGGGAUUGAUAUGGUUCUUGUAGAUUGGGUAAUGGAGUUUUUGAAGAAAGGUGAAAUUUUAGAAGCGAGGGAUAGGAAGCUGGGGAGUGAUUUUGCGGCGGAGGAACUGGAGUUGGUGUUGAGAUUGGGUUUGAUGUGCUCCCAUCCGUCACCGGCGGCGAGGCCGACUAUGAGGCAGGUGGUGCAGUACUUGGAAGGAGAAGCGACUCUUCCAGAUAUUUCGGAGGACGAUUUUUAUGUUUUUGAUUCGAGUUCGAGGAGGAAUAAGAUUUUGGUGGAUGAGACUUCGUGGAAUUCCUGCACUGCGGCGACGAAUCUUUCUUCUUCUUUUUCAGACUCUCCUUCAUCUCGAAGAAACUGAUAAGUUAAUGAUGCUUUGUUUGUAUAUAUAAAAAAAAUGUGGUUUUUUGGUUUCGUUAAUCGGAAUUCUGCUUGGGCUUAAUUUCUUGCUGAUAGAUUUUCGUUCUUUUCUA